AUGAGAUACACAAGCCUUGCCCUUGCAGCGAUAUUGUUGGGAGAUGUAGUGUUGGGAAAAAGCGUCGUUAGAAAAUCUCCUCGCCUCAAAAGGGAGAUAGGUGGUGCAAACGGACUUGCAAGAACAACUACGAGAGAUGAUAGUAUCAGUGAGAGAGAUCUGAUGGGUCUGAAGUUCAGCGACCUCUCAUUCUGGUCUAUAUAUACUCAAAAUGAGGUAGGAAGUGUACCUACCCUCUCUCCAGCACCCACCCCCUCUCUACCCCCCACCAAGCCUCCAACAAAAGCACCCACAGAGGAACCUACGGUGGCCCCGGUGGCCGGACCAACAACUCCAGCGCCAACGGGAAUCCCAUCAAAGGUGCCAACGAGAAAUCCAACAACGAGUCCAUCGCAGCUACCUACCAAUCGCCCUUCCAGAUCUCCUACCGAAAGACCAUCGACUUCGCCGAGUUUUGCACCAGUCACCGUCCCAACAACGGAAUCGCCAACCAAGACACCCACUCAGGAGCCUACAGUCGCACCGACAACAAAGGCACCCACAAAGUCGCCCACAACUUCUCCUAGCACUCUUCCAUCGUCUUUUCCGACCAGAAAUCCAACUAGAGCACCAACUAAGGCUCCAACAACUGAUAGUCCAACGAAGUCUCCUACCAGAAGUCCAACCAAAGCACCAACCAAGGCGCCGACAAAGACUCCAACAAAGAGUCCAACAAAAGCACCAACGAAGGCUCCAACCCCUGCACCAACUGCUGCACCUUUUGCGCAAACUGUACUUCUUGGUGCAGCAUUGGGAGGUGCAGCCGACUUUAGUGAUCCAGAAAGUUACCAGUCACGUGCCUUGGCUCGAACCCUGGAGCAAGAGGGCAUUAACGAUCAAUCAGAAGCAAAGAUCAUUCAGUACUAUGCUCUAUUCUCGAUUUAUUUUUCCACGAAUGGUGUCGCAAAUGCCGUCACGGAUCAAGAUAGUCGAUUCGACAACUUGGUUUCUUUCCCACAGUGGACCAGUCAAAAUGGAUGGACAGAGAACAACGUAGAUCCAUGCAACUAUUACGGAAUCAUUUGUUUUUCCGACCAGGUCGUUUUGAUUGAUCUUUCAUCCAACCGACUGACUGGGGUUUUCCCACCAGAAGUGAAACUACUGGCUUCAGAUGGUGCCUUUUCUACUGGCGCGGGUGGUUUGAUUGCGCUAGAUCUAUCCAACAACGAAUUCGUUUUCAACAACUUCGAUACCUCGUGGCUUAGUGAUUUGGGAACUGCUAUGGAAUCAGUCGAUUUCACUGUGACAUCCUUCGCAGGCAAUUUCCCCAGAUUUCCAACCGGGUUGUUCGAGAUCAUCAUCAACUUUACUCUAUACGACGGUGGUCUCACAAAUGCUAAUUUUGCUGGUCUCAAUAACCUUAACUAUCUUGAAAUCAGUGGAAACUCCUUCAACCAGCCCAUGCCAACUGUCUUGAAUCAACUCAACUCCUUGGAACAAAUCUUUGUCGAGGAUUCUGCUAUCACAGGAGGCCUUGAUUUUAUGGUAGGAAUGCCCCUAAUCUUCCAAGUUUGGAUUGACAAGAAUCCUGCGUUCGGAGGAACCAUCCCGUCGGAGAUUGGUGAUUUGAACACACUUGCAUCUUGGUCCAUCACAGAGAACAACUUCAGUGGGACAAUACCGACUGAGCUCGGGAAGCUUACAAACAUGCAGCGACUGUGGAUGUACGGUAACAAUCUUACCGGGAAUAUUCCCAGUGAGUUUGGAACAAUCAUCAAGCUUGAACUUCUGAGGCUCGAAGGCAAUGCAUUCACUGGAAACAUGCCCGACGAAGUGUGCAAUUUGCGGAACGACUUUCUUUCUUCCCUCUCGCUUUUGGGAAGUGUUUGCGGCGGCGCUGGGAAUCCACAGUGUACCUGCUGUGACUGCUGCGAUGUUGCAUCGUGUGAUGCCUUGUAG